AUGGGUGAUAAAGGUCUAUUGACAAUUUUGUCGCCUAAAUACGCUACCGAAAUCGGGAAUAUCAAAGCAUUAAGUCUGGACCGGGUAAUAGAACACGAACUAUAUUCUCACCUUAAGGGGUUUAAUCCGUUCAUCUAUGCUGGGGCGCAUGUAUUUCAAGGCACUGUGAGGAAAAAGAUGACACAAGCACUUGGAAGCGUGACAAAACCUGUUUCUGAAGAGGCAUCACUCGCACUGGAGAAUAAUUGGACGAAUAACCCAGAUUGGCACAGCUUCCCUCUAGCGCCUAGCCUUCUCAGACAGAUCGCCCAACAGUCAUCAAGGGUCUUCUUAGGCGAAACGAUUUGUCGAAAUCCUGAUUGGCUUCGUAUAGCCACCGAUUAUACAACAAAUUCAUUUAGAGCAGCAGAGGAGCUCCCAGACUGGCCAGGCAUUCUGCACCCGAUUUUAGUGCGAGUUUUGGACUCUACCAGGAAAAUGCAAAGAGAUUUCCAAGGGGCGCAGGAUAUCAUUAAGCCGGUCUUGAAAGAGAGGCGAAAAAUUCGAGAAGCCGCCAGACUGGAGGGGAGACCACCGCCAGUCUAUAACGACGCUUUAGAGUGGAUGGAGCAGGCAUCUAAAGGAGAACCCUAUGAUCCUACAGCAGCUCAGUUGCUCCUAUCUACUUUUUCCCUACACACCACAGCGGAUAUGAUCACGCAGGCAGUAUUUGAUCUUUGUGGCAAGGAAGACCUAAUCUAUGAGUUAAGAAAGGAAGUGGUCACGGUGCUUUCUCAGGAAGGAUGGAAGAAAGUUUCACUUAACAAGCUACAUUUGAUGGAUAGCUUCUUAAAGGAAUCUCAACGAUUAAAGCCACUCAAUAUUGCCACAUUGAGACGAAUUGCGGAAGAAGACGUUGAACUUAGUGAUGGGACAAAGAUUGCCAAGGGGACAUCACUUUUCAUUCCUACUGAUUGGAUGCGGGACGCGAAUUUCUAUGAGAACCCUGAAACUUUUGAUCCCUACCGGUUCUUGAAGCAGCGCCAAAUACCUGGGGGUGAAACUCGUGCACAGCUGAUAGUGCCUGCAGCUGAGCAUAUGGGAUUUGGUCUUGGAAUUCACGCAUGCCCCGGUCGAUUCAUGGCCUCUAACAGUAUCAAGAUUGCACUGUGUCAUAUUCUGGUCAAGUAUGACUUCAAGCUACCUGAAGGCUCGGUUCCUAAACAAAGAAGACAUGGAGGCGUUCUUCAAGCGGAUCCUGAGGCUGAGAUCAUGGUUCGUCGGCGCCAGGAGGAAAUCAGUUUGGAGGAUAUUUGCAAUAUUCCUUAG